UUACAUAAAAAUAUACACCCUGUUUAUGGGUUAACGUGACGGUCAAAAUAAUUUCAAUUGAAUACCAAUCAAAGAUGCCGUGUUUUCCGUUUCAAAACUUGACACCCUUUCACCCUUUUUGACACCCUUUCACCCUUUAAACCCUUUUUUGAGCCACAAAUAAGAAGAUAUGGUCAUUUUUUAGCAUUAAGAGUGUUUAAACGAAGGUUUAUAAUCCUGCAAAUGCAGGGUUACUUAAACUUACGAACCCUAUUGCAUACUUAGAUAAUAAUGUGAUCUUUCAGAUACUAUUUUUUAUGCCGGAAUAUGUCUCUGAUCUCUGACUUCCAACGUGAACUAUUGAACUCUAUUAUGGGUGUUGAGUGUAAACGGUUAAAUCUAGUGAGAAAGCAUGAUAAAAAUCUCUCCACUCUUGGAGAAUUCAGUUUUCCUUGUUUAUCCAACACCAAGGUUUGGGGGGAGGAGAAGGAUAUAAACAAGGUUCGAAAUACAGCGUUGAGAUCUCUAAGCUUGGAUCGGAUAGAAGCCCAGAAGGAGAUCUGUGUCGUUUUCCUGAACAGGGAAUACGCACUUGGUAAACUGUUCAGAGCUGCUAAAGAUCCGGAUGUUGAAUGCUGCGAUGCUACAACAAACGAAAUUGUUGAGAGCAAGGAUGCAUCAACGAAUACAGACUUGAUCAAUCCUGAUGAUUUAGACUUAACUUCUGCCAGAUUUGUUUUUAUGUCCGAUAUCAUAGGUAGAUGUAUGAAGAGAGUGGGUGGAAAGUAUCCAGUUUCAAACGAACACUUUACAAAGGUUGGUCCUGUUUUGGAAGCUGGGAGUAGGAAGAAAACUAAGUUGUCACUAGCUAAGUUUCAAAAUGAGGUAUUCAUAUUUCCCUAAAAACCCCUUUUCGAA